CCCUCUGACGUGAUUUCCUCUGCAGGGCGGCGACUAAAUAUUAAUCAGAUCAGCCUCGCAGUUAUAGACUUGCUUUGUACUAUACAUCCCGCACUUGAUUCACAGUCUACUUUGAUCAAUCCAAAUUUACUCUACAAUGGCUACCCUGCAAGAGAUCGCCGACGAGACGGCGUUCCAGUCGACCAUUUCCGCCCUCCCCGCCUCCACACUCGCCGUCAUCUACUUCAACGCACCAUGGGCAAAGCCAUGCGAGCAAAUGUCCGUUGUCCUCAAGACACUUGCCAGCACAUACUCGGCCGACGCACCGAUAUCCUUUUUCUCCGUCAACGCCGAAGAACUACCAGAAGUCUCCGAGACCUACGAUGUCACCGCAGUCCCAUACAUCGUCCUACAGAAGGACGGCAAAGUCCUAGAGACCGUCUCAGGCUCUGAUGCCUCAAAAGUACGAGCAGCAGUUGAAAAGUAUGCUGGCGCCGGCAGCGGCCAGUCGAGUCUACCUCCCGCGCAAACAGUCACACGACCCCAAGAGAAUGGCGAUAGUUCAGGCAAGAAUCUUGCAGGCUACACACCAAGCGCACAGGAUCCCAAGACUGCGCCCGAACAGACUGCAGGCGAGCAACAAACAAGCAAGGAAGAGCUACACCAAAGGCUAUCAGAGCUCGUCAAGGCUGCACCCGUCAUGCUGUUUAUGAAGGGCACACCAAGCGCACCCCAAUGCGGCUUCAGCCGACAAACGGUUAGCAUUCUUCGCGAAAAAGGAAUUCGCUAUGGAUUUUUCAACAUAUUGGCCGACGACGAGGUUAGGCAGGGUUUGAAGGAGUUUGCUGAUUGGCCUACGUUCCCUCAGUUGUGGGCCGACGGUGAGCUUGUAGGUGGCCUUGAUAUUGUCAAAGAGGAGUUUGAGAACGACCCCCAGUUCCUCUCCCAAUAUGCUGCUAAUGCAUCCAAAACGACUGUUUAAAUUGCAGCAUGACGAGGUGGAACUAAAACGACACGGUUUGAUGAGUUGCUCACUCCAAGGAGUAGGGCUAUUUGGAGGGACACAUAGGGAAAUAUAGGAGACUAGUAGUGCCCUGAAUAUGAAUGAAACUGAGAGCUAGGGCUGAUAUUGGAUGAUGGACGGCAUGUUUUGAUAAUUGAAGGGAUGGUUAAGAAGUGUGAGGGUUGAUUGUUGAGCCAGAGCAGAAUACAUCAGUUCCGAUGCUAGGCCUGGUUUAGCAAUACUUAACUGGGUAUAAUAACAAAAGAUGCCGCGAUCAACUUAGCAGAUUUUGCAAGUUAACAUAACUACCUGUAGUUGACACACAGCAAUGUAAAGCUAUUCUCCUACAACCAGAGAGUCUCUGAACAGUGUUUCCGCAAUAGUA